GCCAUCCAAGAUGUAGGUGAGCUUUUUUCUUCAGUACAACAGUAAAGAUUUUUAGCUGACACCGCGGUGCUGGAUGUAUAACAUGCAAGUCCACGGCUGCCUUCACUUUGAGAGUCAAAACAAGCGAUGCUAAAUUAAUACCAGUGGCUCCUGACGAUAUAUUGAAGUCUCAUCAAGCUGUGCAAAAAAAAAAGUCUUCAUAAAUGAUUGGCAAGCCUAUACACAGCUGUCAGCCCAGCGCCACAUUAACACCGCUGUCACUGUAGUGUGAUGUGUUUACAGGAUUCAUUUACCACAUGCGGCUCAGUUACUCAUGACAGGUUGUAAACCUGUAAAUGCAGGUUUUAAACAAAGACCUGGUUUUGAGUUGCAAUGACGCCCACUCCUAUCAACUCAGCAUAGUUUACAAUUUCCAAGCUAUUACACAUUGCAUGCACUCUCUCAAUUAACAGUCAUAAAAUCUGAAUACAUAUAGAUUUGCAUACCACACUGCAUAAAAAGAUAUUUCUAAGCACCAAUAAAACAGGAUCAGUGUUUGUGUUUCAGUUGUGUGUCUGUUGGUAAAGAAUAUGUCAGAGUUCAUAUACAAUCAGAUUUAGAAAGAAUGAGUCCUGUUGGCUUUCACAAAAAGGCGCAGGUGAGCGCUAAUGAACAUUAAUGAAGCUGCCGUGCAAACAGAUCCCAUUUCCCCACAGGUUUAGUGUUUGCUGAAACCAGAUCGGUGCACGUGAGCCGUGGACGACAGCCCACUGAAACAGCAGCUGCGCUCUCUUAUGAGGCGUCUGCUCGGUUAUCACACCUCAUACAAGUGCAGUUAUCACACCGCAUACUCUCUGGCCUCCGUCAGCCUGCGCAGCCUUCAGUCCUCUCCAGAUGGAUAAGAGCGUCAUCAAAUUCAACCACUGUGACAAGGACAUCUACUGUUUCUUCGUCCCGGAUCAGUGUCCUGAAUGUGGCGUUGGCUUCAGUGGGAAGCGGCUGGAGGAAGCGCCGGUCAGCAUACCGAACCCCGUCAGCAACGGACACAAGGCCCCGUGUGCCUUUCUAGUGGCGUCCACAGAGGACAGUGUGCUCAGGGACUUCGAUGGCCGCUCUGAUCUACACACGGGAAUCAGCAACACAACCGGAAUAGUCUACAGUUACACGAAGACGGGUGUUCAGAGAGAGCAUCAGGGCUGGGAGCACUGCAUCUGCAUCCCGCUGGUUCAGCCCGACAUGUUCAGUCUGAUGAGCCAGUGGGAUCAGUAUCUGGAGAAGUUCUCCUCCGCUCAGAUGUGGGACCCGUCCUGGCAAAGCUUUAAUGAGGAAAGCCACAACUGCUACAGCUACUCGCUGAUGUUCAUCAACCGUGUUCUGGCCACGCAGUCCAAGCCAGCGCUGAGUAAAGAGGAGUUCACACGCUCCUUUGUGCUUCCUCGGAUCAAAAGAGCUUCCAAGUACAUGAUGCUGUGCCGUGAGAUUUCCCAGAACCACUUCUACAUCGUGGACAGUCCGCGCAGAAACUCAGGCGAGGGUCCGAGUGAGGAGGACGAGGACAGCAAGAGCAACUGAGACACAACUACUACGACUUUCCUGGAUCAUCACAGGCGCAAUAACACUGAUUU